AGUUUCACUUCCGCCUUUACGACUGAUAAACUGAAUCAUGAGACUUUUCGUCUGUUAUCAGGUUUAAACUGGUGGCCGUGCAAUACAUAAAUGAUAUCCGUUUUCUACUGCUUGAGCGCUCACUCAUGGGUAUGUCUGCACCUUUCUCGGUACUGUGAGAGCUACUUUAUCUCUUACUAGCUCGCUAGUCAGGAAACAGGAACUUGCUAGCUACCUCAAGUCACCUGGCCAGCUUCAGCCAGUUCACUUUCAUAUUCCUCCAUCGUGUCUCAUCAUCCAUCAGCUUGGAGAACUGUCCAGUCAUGGCUGUGCCACCUUUUUGGAGAUUGUUCACUCUUUUUGUACUGAUGGCCAUUGGAACACAAGCAAGUAACAACACAAAGAGGUGCAAGCUGGUUCACGAUAGCGACUCUGAGAGAAAAGUGCUCAGUCUCCUGGAGCCGCUCACCAAUCGGAAUUUUACUGCUGAACUCGAAAGUGACAACGAUAAGUACACGUACGUCUUCCAGGUGUGUGGUGAUGCAGAUGGGAUGAAAGAUGCAGGAGUGGUACAAAAAAGCAAGGACGGCAAGCAAGUGCGAGUUGGGAAUUACACAGCAACACAGGCGGUUCACGGAAGUGACUGGGUAUUGCUGAUCUAUAAGAAUGGUGACAAAUAUAAUGAACAUUGCUCAGGGGAGGAGAGGAGGGCCAUGAUUAUGAUUUCCUGUGACAAAACUAAGGCUGCGGGACAGCUGUCAGUGGUUCUGGAGGACAGACAAAGGGAAGCUGAAUGUUUUUACUUGUUUGAGUUGGACUCCAGUGCUGUGUGUCCUCCUGUUGAAUCUAAACUCAGUACUGGUUCCAUACUUCUUAUUGUGUGCUGCUCCUGCUUGGCGGUCUAUCUCAUUCUUGGAUUUCUCUACCAGCGUUUGGUUGUUGGGGCAAAAGGAGUUGAUCAGUUUCCUAACUAUGGCUUUUGGACAGAAAUCGGAAACUUGUCAGCUGAUGGAUGCGACUUUGUUUGCCGCUCCCGUGGCAGCCGAGAGGAACCACCCACUUAUAGGGGUGUGUCUACUGAGCCGGUAGAACAGCCAGAGGAAAGGGAUGACCAUUUGCUUCCAAUGUGAUCAUGGUGUGUGAUGGAGUGAGCUGAGCGUUGAGUUUUCUAGGCGUAGGCCAGGACAGCAUCUCUAUGUGGCUGUUAUUUAAACUAAGCACUUCUUCUACUGUAUUUCCAAUAUCGCUAUUAGACAUUUUCAAGUAAAUGCUGUGCUUCAACACAAUUUUAUGUUUCUUCUUGUAAAUUUGAAAAAAUAUGCAGCUAAACUGUUGACACGUUUUGAAUUUUAGAUUCUUCAUUCAUUCAAAAAGAAAAAUAAAUCAUUCAGUUUGUUUGAAGUUUUUUUUUUUUAUAGACAUUUUUCCACAGAUGUCUACAAUUUAUUUGUUCAUUCAAAUCCAAUUCAUGUUCAAAGAAGGCCAAUAUGACUUUCCUAAGUGGGUUACUGUUACUUAAUUACAGUUGAUAUUUGAUAUUAAUUAACCGACAGGUUCAGGUUACUGUCCCACCAGGCUACUGUGCUUUCCUGACUGUAAAUGUAGAUUACAGUAUAUUGAUUUAUAGAUGACUAUUUUCGCGUUCUGCUGUUUUUGCUUUGUGCCACUAAUGUGGCUGAGUGUGAGACUCUAUAAAAACCCUGGAAGACGCAGGAUGAAUUUACUCAUUGCAGUGAUUUUCAACGUGUUACACUUUUUUAAAGGUAUUACAGAUUAAAUAUUAUUAUGCAUGGCAGGAGGGGAAAAACUUUGGGUACUGCUAGUGAUAUGGAUAUUGUGAUGGUAGUUGGAUAGUAGGUUUUUAGUCUUUGAAUAAUUAAGACUAUUGAUGGAAAUUUGCAGUGGAAUAUUAAACUGUAUCUGCAAAGCAAA